AUGGUCCCUUCCAUCGUCCCGGGCAAGCCCGAGCUGUUCCACAACGAGCCGGUCCCGUUCCGCUUCACGCCGAACUUCCAGCGCUUCAUCGGCCCGCACGGCACCGAGGGCCUCCUCACGAGCUCGCUCAUGGCCAUCGCCCGCGCUCUCACCGAGUCCGAGUACGACCUCGAGCACCGCCUCUCGAUCUUUGUCGGCGAGGAGAUCCGGACCUGGUUCGCCAUGUCCAAGACGGAGCCACGCGCCAACCUGCGCGACUACAUGCUCGGCGCCGUCGACAACGUCACGCGCAAGGCGCGCGUCCUCUCGUGCAAGCUCGAGCGAGAAAAGCCUCCGAGCGCGGUCACGCCCGUGUGCGCCUCGAUCACGCAGUUGCUGCUCGCCGCCACGGCGCCGCAGAACUUGUCGCAGACCGACCCGCAGUGGGCUCGCGAGGACCUCGCCGCGCUCGAGAAGGACUACGAGGAGGUCGCCGACGAGGUCGUCGCCGAGGGCGAGGAGUACUGA